CAAAAACAAUGUUUUAAACAGACAUGAGACACCAUUGUUAUGUGCUUUGAAAAUGGACAAAGUUGAACACAAAUACAUACAAGUCAACGGGGUAAACCUUCAUGUAGCUGAUAUCGGUUUUGAGUCCUCCCCUGCAGUAAUUUUGCUUCAUGGGUUCCCUGAGAUAUGGUACACGUGGCGCCACCAGAUGAUCGCAAUCGCAAACGCUGGUUUCAGAGCCAUUGCACCUGAUUUCAGAGGAUAUGGUCUCUCUGAUGAGCCUCCUGAACCGGAAAAGGCCACCUACGCUGACUUUGUCAACGAUAUUGUAUCUAUCCUUGAUUCUCUCUCAAUUUCUAAGGUAUUUGUGAUUGCAAAAGAUUUUGGAACAUGGGUUGCUUACUCAUUCGUCCGUCUCUAUCCAGAUAAGGUCGCGGGUGUUGCAACACUUGGCAUGGCAUUUAUGCCUCCAGUUGCCUACAAGCCUCAAGUUCCUCUCCCAGAAGGCUUCUAUGUUCAAAGAUGGCAGGAACCUGGAAGAGCUGAAUCUGAUUUCAGCCGCUUUGAUACUAAAACAGUGGUGAGAAACAUCUACAUCUUGUUUUCUCAAAGCGAAAUACCAAUAGCCAGUGAAAAUCAAGAGAUAAUGGAUUUGGUUAAACCAUUGACUCCUCUACCUUCUUGGUUCACGGAGGAUGAUCUUGCAGUCUAUGCGGGUUUGUAUGACAAGUCUGGUUUUCGAACUGCUCUCCAAAUUCCAUAUAGAGCAUCUGAACUGAACCUCGGGUCAACGGAACAAGUUCCCAAAGUAGAAGCUCCAACACUCAUGAUCUUAGGUGAGGACGAUUACGCGAUGAAAAUUCCUGGAAUAGACGAGUACAUAAGGUCUGGGGAUGUGAAGAAGUAUGUGCCAAACAUCGAAACAAUAUACGUUCCUAACGGAUCUCAUUUCGUUCACGAGCAAUUCCCCGACCAAGUGAAUCAACUCAUCCUCACUUUCCUCCAUCACUGCAAGAAAAGUUUCACGUUUAGUUCAUCUCCUUUGGAACAAAACAAUGUGGAUAAUUAGGUGCUAGUAAGAUGUAGAUAAUAAUGUGGUAUCGUGUGUGUGUGUGUUUGAUUCUGUCAGUGUGGAAGAAACAAAGUUAUGAUUUUUUUUUAAA